CCGCACCAGUUGGCAUCAGUGUACGGUAGGCCAGAGUUUCCGCGUGUGUUCUCUUUCCAGUUAGAUAUUUCUGAUGGCCGCAUGAUUCUGAAAGGGGCUUGAGAUGGAGCAUGAUCAAGUGCAGUUUAAUGCUCUCCUAAAUAACUUGCUCAGCACUGAAAAUGAACUGAGAACCACUGCUGAGAAUGCAUACGAUGCCAUUCCAGCUGCCACGCGGGUGGUUUUCCUCAUGGCGGCCACCACAAGGGCCGCUUGUGAGGAACAGGUGCGCACCCUGGCAGCAGUCCUGUUGCGGCGCCUGAUCAGCUCGGACUUUGAGAAGUUCUACCCCGAGCUCCCGCCUGCAACUCAGGAGGAGCUGAAGAAUCACCUUUUGCUCAGCAUUCAGAAUGAGCAGAACGACACGAUACGGCGUCGCAUAUGCGACGCAGCUGCAGAACUUGCCAGGAAGCUCAUUGACGAUGAUGCUAAUAAUCACUGGCCUGAAUUUCUCAAGUUCCUCUUCACAUGUGCAAGUGCCUCCAGCCCUGUGCUUAGGGAGUCUGCUCUACAGAUAUUUGCGUCGGUGCCCGGCAUCUUUGGAAACCAGCAGGCUCGAUAUCUGGACAUGAUCAGGCAGAUGUUGGUACAGUCCCUCAACGACACUGCAAACAAAAAUGUACGAUUUGCUGCCCUGAGAGCUGUGUGCGCCUUCCUACUGAUCCACGAGAAGGAGACUGCAAUCCACAAAAUGUUCACAGACUCCAUUCCUGUGAUGUAUCAAAUUCUCUCGGAGAGCAUAGAAAAGUUGGAGGAUGAUUCAAUUGCCAAAUGUUUUGUGGACCUAGCGGAGGCCUGCCCGCGUUUCUUCAGGCCUCACCUGGAUGGUCUCAUGCAGCUCUGCCUCAAGGUGAUUGCGGAGCCAUCGGUGCCGGACACUUGGCGGCACCUCUGUCUAGAGACUGUGGUCACUCUUUCUGAAACGGCCCCUGCCAUGGUUCGCAAGCUAGCUAGCAAGCAUAUUGCUCAACUUGUUCCACUUCUGUUUAAUAUGAUGGUCGACCUAAAUGACGAUGCCGAGUGGGCUACUGCGGAUGAAAUAACCGAGGACGACAAUGACAGUGAUCCGGUUGUUGGAGAGUCUUCCCUGGACAGGCUAGCCUGCAGCCUUGGUGGCAAAACAAUCCUUCCUCUUGUCAUCAACUGUUUAUCACAAAUGCUAGCGAGCACUGACUGGAAACAUAGGCAUGCAGCUCUAAUGGCAGUGUCAGCGGCUGGUGAAGGCUGCCAUAAGCAGAUGGAAGCGAUGCUACCACAAAUUGUCGAAGCUGUCCUAAAGUACUUGCAGGAUCCUCACCCUCGUGUGAGGUACGCAGCGUGCAACGCGCUGGGCCAGAUGGCUACGGACUUCUGUCCGGUGUUUGAGAAACGAUUCCACGACCGCGUUAUCCCUGGGCUGAGCAUGCUGUUAGAGGACCACGCAAAUCCGAGGGUGCAAGCACACGCUGGAGCUGCAUUGGUGAAUUUCUUUGAAGAUUGUCCAAAAACUGUCCUCUUGCCAUAUUUGGAUGCAGUGGUGGCGAAGAUUGAGACAGUCUUGACAACAAAAAUGAAGGAGUUGGUUGAGAAAGGCAACAAGCUGAUGCUGGAGCAGAUCGUGGUAACGCUUGCUGCCCUAGCUGACCGUGCUGAAGAGAAGUUUGUGGACUAUUAUGAUAGGUUCAUGCCUUGCCUCAAGUAUAUUAUUGAGAAUGCCUCAACUCCAGAGCUACAAAUGCUGAGAGGGAAGACUAUUGAGUGUGUCAGUCUGAUUGGUCUGGCGGUGGGCAGAGAAAAGUUCAUGGCUGACGCCAGCGGUGUAAUGGACAUGCUUCUGAAAACGCAAACAGGUGACAUAGAGAUCAGUGAGGACAAUCCACAGCUUUCCUACAUGAUUUCUGCGUGGGCGAGGAUAUGCAAGAUUUUGGGGAAGCAGUUUGAACCUUACCUUCCGUACGUCAUGGGCCCCGUACUGAAGGCUGCAUCCUUGAAGCCAGAGAUUGCCCUGAUGGAUAGUGAUGACAUGAAAGUAGUAGAAGAGGAUGAAGACUGGCAGUUUGUGAGCUUUGGAGACCAGCAGAACUUUGGUAUCAGAACCGCUGGCUUGGAGGAGAAGGCUACAGCUUGCCAGAUGUUGGUGUGCUAUGCGCGAGAACUAAAAGAGGGCUUUGUGACUUACGCGGAGGAAGUAGUCAAGCUAAUGGUGCCCAUGCUCAAGUUUUACUUUCACGAUGCAGUCAGGUCGGCAGCUGCAGAGAGCCUACCCUACCUUCUGGAGUGUGCGAAGAUCCGUGGAGAGGGAUAUGUAAAUGAGAUGUGGCACUACAUCUGCCCAGAACUUCUCUCUGCCAUUGAUGCAGACCCGGAAAAGGAGGUUCAGUCGGACCACAUGUCAAGUUUCGCGCAGUGUGUGACAACGAUGAACAGUCGGUGCUUGACGGAGGAACACAUGACGACACUCGUGAAAGUCCUGGACAAGUUCCUGAAGGAACACUUCGAGAGGGCUGCCGAACGACAGCUCAAGAGGAAGGAUGAAGACUACGAUGAAGUGGUGGAGGAAGAACUUCUUGGUGAGGACGACACAGAUGUCUUCUUGCUAAGCAAGAUGGCCGAUAUCCUGAGGUCCCUGUUAUCUGUCUACAAGCAAGACUUCUUCCCGUACUUUGAUCAACUCCUGCCCCAUUUUGCGACUCUGUUGCAAGCUGACAGGCCUUGGCCAGAUCAUCAGUGGGCCCUCUGUGUUUUUGACGACAUCAUAGAGUACGGUGGUCCGGGCUGCGCAAGGUACCAAGAGUACUUCUUGCAGCGUAUGAUGGAACUUCUAGGCAGCCAGAGCGCGGAGGUACGGCAGGCGGCCAGUUACGGCGUCGGCGUGCUCGCACUGUUUGGGGGAGAGGCGUUCGCAAAGAUAUGUGCAAAUGCGGUGCCCUUGCUGGUACAGGUGAUUGAGGCACCUGAGUCUCGGUCGCUGGAACACAUCUUUGCUACGGAGAACGCCAUCUCUGCCGUGAGCAAGAUACUGCUCAGUUGCAGCCAAGAAGUGAAUGCCCAGGAGGUGAUCCCACGUUGGUUCUCGUGGCUGCCGGUCUGGGAAGACGAAGAGGAAAACCCGCAUGUCUACGGUCUGCUGUGCUCUCUCCUUGAAGUGAACCACCCAGCCCUUUUGGGUGAGAACAACAACAACCUGCCAAGGAUAGUUAUGGUCAUGGCAGAAGCAUUCAGCAGAAAGGCUGUGGAGCCAUCCUCUGAGGUUGGCAAGCGAAUGAUCACAUUGCUGACAGCAUUAAAGAACAGCAGCGAAGUCUUUGCCAUGUGCCUCUCUCAGCUGUCGCCGCAGCAGCAAGAAAUCCUGCACGUGGUGCUGACUCCCACAGUGGCGUGACACGUUCAGUGACAUAGUAGUGCUUCAGUGCGAGGACCGCGCAGCAAGAUGGGGUGCCCCGAGAACUUGUGUGCACAGGGGCACAGUCGUGGAGCGAAGAGAGUGGCGGCGUACGCCCCGUACGCUGAACUAUGGCGGUGCCAGGUGCCGCAGUUUCGAGUCAUCCAAGACAGUCGAUGUGUUCCCCCCUGCACCGGAGUGUGAUCCGGGUCUCAUGGGCGCUGAAUUUACGGCGUUACGUUGUUGGAGUGGUGGACGUAGAUUUGUCUAAUAAUUGUCUAGUUUUAAUGGUAUUGUUAAAGGCUUACGAUGCAGACUCUUUUCUUUUUUUACAGUAUUUAUUUGAGGAAGACUAAAAAGUGCAAGUUAACAAGC